AUGAUUUCUCGCCGUCGCGUUGCUCUACAACAUCGGCGCUGCAAGCUCUAUGGCGAAUGGCUCGCUCACAAGACACUAGAGGUAUCCCCCAACAAUCGCGCUGGUUGCAAGGACACGCAAUGUAAGAAGAAUGCCGAGAAAAUCACAAAGGGCACUCUUCGCUUCGGUAGCUGGGUUACCAUUGAGGAGCACGGGAGCUGGUCUUGGAAACACUGGGGUUGUGUCUCUGGUCAACAGCUGGAGAAUGUCCGUGAACUGUGCCAGCAGCCUGAUGGUAGCUUUGAUUGUGACGCUAUGGACGGUUACGAUGAGCUUGCCGCACACUCUGAACUGCAAGAGAAGGUCCGCCGCUGUAUUAAUCAGGGCUUCAUUGACCCUGAGGACUUCAAAGGCGACCCCGAGAAGAACAAGCUCGGUGAGAAGGGCAUCCACUUAACCGCAGCACAAAAGAAGAAGAAGGCGGCUGCUGAAGCCGACGCCGCAGGCGAUGAGGAAGAGAAGCCCAAGCCCAAGGCUAAGCGUGGACGCAAGAAGGCUGCCAAUGACGACGAUGAGGAUGAACCUCAACCUAAGAGGGCACGAAAGAGCAACGUUGUCAAGGAUGAGGACGAGGAGGAGAAGCCUGUGGCCAAGCCAGCCCGUGGUCGCAAGGCCGCCAAGGUCAAGGACGAGAGUGAAGAUGAGGCUCCGGUUCCUGCCGCCGCCCCCGCCAAGAGAGGACGUAGAGUGUCAGCUCAAAAGGCCAAGGUUGAAUCUGAUGCCGAGGAGAAGCCUACUCCUGUGAAGAAGGGAAGAAAGGCGGCCGCAAAGAAGGAGGUCAAGGAUGAGAGUGAGGAUGAAGAAUCAGCUCCUGCUCUUGCGCCUACUCCUGCCAAGCGGGGACGCAAGGCCGCUGCACCAAAGGCUGAGGAGGACGAGAAGAAACCUGCUCCCGCCAAGCGAGGCCGAAAGGCUGCUACGAAGAAGGCUGCUACCCCCGAGGACGAAGAUGCUGCUGAAGAAGAAGAGGUAGCCGAAGAGAAGAAGCCUGCACCAAAGGCUGUAGGCCGCCGGGGCCGCUCCAGCAAGGUGGCUUAA